GGCUCGGGCCAUUGUAGGGGAGACACACUGUGGGGACAGUGGGUGCGCGAGGUGGUGGUGUUUUAAAGCAUAGCUCGUGCACUGUGCAGUGGGUGUUUUUUUUUUUUAUACAAGUAUAAUAUCAUAAUCAGCGAAAAUGUUGCUCAAAUAUUUGACGCCCGACGUGUACGAGCAACGGUCGGGUGGGGAAUAAAAAAAACAUCAUUGACACAUAAGGAGUAAAACGGGCGCGGGUUCGCGGAGUGAUUAAUAUCAUUUCUUCUUGGGAGAGAGAGAGAAAAUCACGAGCUAGGCACUCGCCGUGAGAUAGAAAGAGGAGGAAAGGGAGAGAAAGAGAGAGAAAUCGAGCGUAAAGGAGCAAACGACGUUUCUGAAGCGAGAAUUAUCGACAAACGACGAUGGUGUAGUGGUGAUAAAUAACGUUUGUUCCUUGUUUUCCCUGGUGACGUGAAAGCGUAUAGUGUUGAAUAUACACAGCAGUCCUAACAGUGUUUUUUGGUUUGUUAUCGAGUGUUCGGUGCCCCCGCCCCCUUGUCCCCAAGGAUACAAAUUAAAUAAAAAAAAGAAGAGCAACACCGGUCUUAAAGUACCGCGUUGCUGUCAAACUUCGGUCGUUUGCUUGACGUGAUAGAAAGCGUUAAUUGAUAAAAAUCAAAUUUUAGCACAGCUCUAAACCUUGGGCAUCCCUCUUUUAAUUCCAUUAUAUUUCCCUGUGUGUCGCAAGGAUUUGUGCUAUUGGUUUUUACAACGCACGGCCUCUGGAUUCCGAAAACCUCGAUUUUCCAGCUCGACUACCAUGAGUUCGCGAAAUAUCCCUUCGGACAAGAUAAACUUACGCCUAAUUCUCGUCAGCGGUAAGACAAAAGAGUUCCUAUUCAGUCCAAGCGACUCGGCGGGGGACAUAGCCCACCAUGUGUUUGAAAAUUGGCCGGAAGAUUGGGCGGAAGAGGCGGUUGCCAAGGCUGAAAUCUUACGACUAAUUUACCAGGGUCGUUUCCUACACAGCAAUGUCACGCUCGGUGCUCUUGGGCUUCCCUUUGGAAAAACAACGGUGAUGCAUCUGGUUCCACGGGAAAAUCUUCCCGAACCUAAUUCACAAGAUCAGAGACAAAAGAGUAAAGGUGGAGGUAGCAGUUGCUGCUCCGCGUCAUGCUGCAUACUUUAAAAACAUUGGCUGCUUUGGAAUUUAUUUUUGAGGCGAUUUACCACGUGUGAGAGAGCCAAUGGACAUCGGAGCUGAGCCAUGAGUUUCUAAGGUUUUAUGCUGAUGUCUGAUCGUUAGUGGCUGGAGCUUGUGAGCAAAGUAGCAAACGAAUCAAGAGGAAUAUAUCCUUGACACAUCGGAGGAAUGGCGGUAUGUCAAGCCCCGAAACAAAGUGAGAAGAGAAAGGAACACAAGAAUAUUCAUGUAUCGUAGAGGAUGCCAUUUUCUUCUUGAAAUCGGAGUGAAAACUGGUCGGAAAACGUCGAGCGUCGCAAAUAACGAACAAAACAAUUCGUUUAGUCACGAACCCAUGGGCGAUCAGGAACAACAUAGCAGGUCACACGAGGCAAAGCGUAGAAUAAAAUCUUUGUAAUAUACGUAAUAAAGUCGCGUCAGGACGCGAAGCAAAGUCUCGCUAAAAAAUCGAAAUUACGUACUCGCACCAAAAAGUGGGGUAUUGCGUUACGGUUUUACCGUGUCGUGAUUCUUGCACGUGGGAGACAUGAAAAAAGGUUCUUUCGUGCGGGGAGGUACACUCAAGACCCGGACUAAUGACUGGAAAUAUGGAAAGGAAAAGACUCAUGGUCUUGCGAGACGGGAACAAACAUUUCCUGACGCCUACCUACCGUUCAUACUGCCCUUGGAAGUGUUGAACUGACAAACUUCCGUAAACGUCGGAGAAUCGGAUCAAAAUCACGAAAAAACUAAGAAUCCAUGUUUAUAUGUAUAUGGAUGACGUAUAUAUACAAUAUAUAUAUAUUUAAAAACAACAAAUUUAAAAACCACGAAGAAAAAAUGAUCCCAGUACCAAAAACAGAGGGGCGAACGGAGAGCCCCUGAUCGUUUGGCAAGGUUCCUGGAAACGUCGUCGCUACCGUUGCUUCAAAAGCCCCAUCCACUAAUAAAAACAAAAAAAAACCACGAAGAACAAACUACCGCAGCGUUAUUAUAUAAUAAUGUAGUUGGAAUACGUGCGUCUGAAUGUUUUACGGUGAGAAUGAAUUUCGUGUUUGAGAUAUAUCGAGAAAAAAAGAAGUGCGUGAGAGAAAAUUAGUACGAAUGUGGAGAAGGAAGAAUAAAUUUUAUGUUGUGAUAUGCAGGUAGUGAAUAUAUUAUAUACAUACUAUUAUUAAAAUUAUAUUAUAUAUAAAUAUAUAUUAUAGUACGACGACCAGUUGGACAUGCAAAGUUAAACGUCUCGUACUAUAGACUUUAUUAUCAUGAAUUUGAAUUAAUAUUAUGACAUCACCUUCGAGAGUUUAGUAUCCAGUAUAUUAACACACGAAAAAGUUGAAAAGAGAGAGAGAGAGACAGAGAAAAACAGAGAAAAACAAACGGACAUUGGAUCUCUUAACGGUAGUAGUGAUUUAAUAAAAAUGAAGAAAGAUUUGAAUGAAGAAAAACAAAGGCAGAGAACUUGAGAACAUACAUAUGUUAUAUACACGUGCAUAUAACCAUUCAACAGUGUAUGUGUGUAUAUGUAUGUAUGUCUAGCUCCUUCUCAUCCCUUUCUACGUUUCACAGCUCCUUCCCUUUUCCGACCUCCGUCGAUUCCCGUCCAAUUUCUUCGAUUGGGUCUAGUUAAAUUUUCUCGUAGUCCCCACCGGCCCAGUCGUACGGGUAUUAAGGAAAAAAAGGAUAAAACCCUCUCGUAGACCUUUGUAGUUAGGUAAAAAAAGAAGAAAAGAAGGAUAAAACAAAGCAAAAGGAAUAGGAGAGCCAACAAAAUAUGGAAUGAUUGAAAAAACUGAAAUCAACUAACCGGACCGUUAUCAUAUGUUGUAGCCUAUUCUAAAUAUACUCUAAUAUUACACUAACUGUACUGUAUUAUAUCUCUUAUCAAUGCAUAAUAAUGUGUAUAUAUAUAUAUUGUCCUUACGUAGUGAAUUUCAUGAAAAUCUGACGAUUACCAAGUUAUUUAUUUCGUUUCUUACAAACUUCGUGUUACACUCUUUGCUAGAUUUUUAUUAUUUGCUUUGAAAUCUCACGAUCCCCCUCGUACUUGGCCCAUCCCCUUCAUUUAUCCUUCGUUCAAUUCUCUUUCUCUCUUGCUCUUUAAUUCCUUCUUGUUCUAUUGUUUGGGUUUUCGAGCUUUGCUACUGUUGUAAAAAUUCACAGUCGUCCGAAACAUAUCAGCACCUGUUAAACAUUUAACUAUUUCUUCUUCUCCCGCCGUCUCCCUCUCCCAAAAUUAUCAUCAAGGGUUCUUCUUGUUUUAGCUUCUUCUGCAACUCAAUCUCUACUCUUUUUUUUUUAACUUCCGAGAUCACCGUGUUUCUGAUAGUUUCCAUUGGAAUGGAUUUUUAUUUCAUUUAUUUUAUCGAUUAAUUUGCGCAAAUUCAGUGGGUUAUUCAUCGCUCAUAUCCGUCAAAAGGUCUUAUGUUUCGCUAUUUCUCAGUGACUUUCCCAACGCUACGUCAUUCAUUGAUUCCUACACUCUGACGAAAAACUUUUCCAUAACCCAUUGUUCGAUUAAGGGCUCGACGCUUUGGAAAAAACAAAAACCGGUGGAAAAAAAGUGCUAUUUUCAGCCACUUGUUUUUUCAUGCGCGAUAAAAAGUUUAAAACAUUGACGACGAACACACAAAAACAUUCAAAUCGAAAUACAUAUAUCAAUAGCUGAGUGGCGAAAAAUAAAAUAAACAAGAGACUCGAAACAAACAACAUUGCGUUAAUGGAAUUCCUUCAACCGAUUAUUUUGUCAAUCUCUCAUUGUUAUCUGGCUCAUUUUUUUCUUCCAACAAGAUCAACAAAAUUCGUAAAAUGUAUCCAUUCUGUUUUUUAAUAUUUUCAGGUUCACGAGAUUGAUGAAUUGAUCCAAGAAUAGAAUAAUUUUUUUUUUUCAUCCUACCUCAAUGAAGUAGGAUUCCAUAAUCACUUAGUUUUUAUCAAUUCCAAUGAAGCCUCGAUUUUUUAAACUCUGCACACCGUAAUUUGGUCUUGCGCUACUCUCUUUUUUGCAUAUGAGAGAAAUAUUCGAGAGUGAAAAAUGUCACUUAAAAAAAUAUUAAGGAACACACACCGUGCUCUUUUUCUACGUGACUGUAGAAAAAAGGGGAAAAAAUUUCAGUGUGAAGUUUGUGGUACAGAACUGUUUUGAAAAUAAUAGAAAAGAAAUAUAUUUUUCGUUCUACGAUGCGACCUCGGGUGUUGUGUAAUUUCAAUAACCAUCUUAAAAAGUCUACGAAUCAUCUGAGAAAGCUCUUAAUCUCCGAAAGGAAGCGGCGAGGAAAAUAAAAACAGAAAGAUAAAUGCAAAUAAUAUUUUUCAAUUGACGAUAAUUGUAAGCCCCGUUCCAAAUAAAUUUUCCUAUUCAAUUUAAAAAAAAAAAAAAAAAAAAAAAAAAACUACAUUUUGGAAAGAAAUAAGAAACACGAGUCUCACGAGACCCGAAUGCUUUCCUACGACUUCGGUGCAAAUGCGGGGUCUCGCACAAAUGAAAUGUAAAGUGCUUUUCAUAUUUAAGAAAGAAUCAGAAAAAUAACAAAAAAAAACACUACAUUAAAAAGCCAGGAAUAGUGACACAAAUUAAACGAAAGUCAAUCGUUGAUUAAAAAGAGCUACAACGAAUCCAUUUUCUAGUGGGCGUCUGAACCAGUUUUAAAUCAUAUACGUACUAUGUUUAAAAAUGGCAAGAACGAUAUCACAACUCGAAAGUUAGAAAAGCAACAAGUUUUCAUUAAAAUUUCCAGUGCAUGGAUACAUCGCCGAAUAAAAAUUGCGGAUACACCAACAGUUUCUUCGUUUGAUUUAUUUUAUUUUAUUUUUUUCGUUCACACGUUAAAUUUGUAGUCACGGUAUAUUUGUGUUUGUAAUUAUUACAUCAAUCGUAGUCUCACAAGAGUGUUUUCAAAAAAGGAGACGUCAUUUUGUCAAUGGGGAGGGUGAUUGAAUAAAGUUUGGUGACCGACCGUCCUAAUGGAAUAAUAUUGUCAGGUAUUUUGACUCGACGAAAUUCUACUUUCAUUAAAAAAAAUCUAUAAUGUUCGUUAACGAGAACCGAACCGUUUGUGAAAAAGACAAAAUACCAUCGUUUUGUCGAACAAAAUUGUUGAGCAUGAAAAUUGCAGUCAGUAUCGAGGAAAUGUAAAUCAUAAUUGCGUGCAAUGUUCGAUAACCAUUUUUAUCAGGCCCGCCGAUAUCUUCGUGAUUCAAAAUCAUUGAUAUAAAUAAAAAUAAAGUAAAAUAAAAAAAUAAAUUGAACAAAUAUUCCACGGUAUUAUAUUACCUGUACAGUUGAACAAAUUCUUCUUUCAAUAUAUGUGAAAAAAAAAAAAAGACAAGAAACAAAAGGAAAAAUUCAACGAGAACGAGAGCUUCCUACAGUAGCCAAACACGUGAAUCGAAAAUGUGUGCUGAGUUUUCAAUUCUCACACGAGCGACAGUGAUUUGAAGAAUUGUUCGGGAAUAAAAGAGAAAAGGAAACGCAAUGAAUUUAUGUUUAUCCGUUGAGCUGAUUAUCACAAGUUUCAUUUGUCAUUUCUAUGUCGUAAAACGAGCAUGUUUUCCGUUUGUUCGUAUCCCGUUUAUCACGUUAAAUCUAAAUCUAGGUAACAUAAUAAACGCAUAAGUGUAGCAACAUAAUAAAUAUAUGUAUCAUGAAAUUAUACAUAAACUUACUACUCGAGGCAUGACUAAAAUCCAAAAAAACAAAUACAACGCAAAAAGCAAAAAAAAAUCAUCAUUGAAAAAUAAUGAAAAAACUUGUCCAUGAUGAAAGAGAUAAUUAACGAACGAAGGGAGGGGCUAUAUGGUAUUAAAUGAUAGAGAUUCAAUUGAGCAAAUAUUUCUUUAGAUAGUUAUGUACAAGUAUUAUUGUUCAUUUCAUUUUUCUUUUCUAUUGGAUCUUCGGCACUUGGGUUGUACUCGGGUUGUUCUCGGGUUGUUAGGAUGAAUUUCAAUUGGGCGAACUGACCUACAUCGUUUUAAUUCAAAAGAGAAAUAAUAUUGCAAUUUUUUUCAUUUCUUCUGACUCGAUUAUAAGUAAUAUAAAUGAAGAUUUUCGUUUUUGUUAUCUCUUUUUUUUCAAUUGAAAUUCCGCUGAUAGGUAGCCACACUUUAAGUUUCAUCGCUAUUAGAUAAUAGGCAAUAUUCAUCUGUAAAUAGAACGAUUAAUAUUUCAACUGACUAGUAAGUGUUCUAAUGUUCUUAACCCAUGAGAACAAUUAACUGAUAAACGAAAAAGAAAAAUUUUAAUAAACGUCAUAAGUUUGUUUUGAUUUUAAUGUUGUUGCGUAAAAACAUUGAACGUUUUUUUCGUUAUAGACGGACACAAAUAAAGGGUUGCCAGCAAAAGGGUCGAGGGCUUUAAACGAAAAAGUGCAUUAUAAUAUGAAAACAUAUUUUUUGCAGGAUACAUUUCAUAAAUCCAAUGUUGUGGCGCUCUGUGAAACUCCUUCUGUUUCCAUGUAGCAUAUUAUAAUCUCAUUAAAAAUUAAAUUUUUCAUCACGCGAUUAUCGGAUCCCUACUGUGUCCCCUUGUAACGAAUAACAAUGUUCUUUUUAUCGCAAAAAUUUAUUAUAUAAAACAAAAAUAAUAAAUAAAUCAAUAAAAACAAAAGCUUUCGUUACACACCUCAUUUGUAAAUAUUAGAUCGUAUUUUUGUCUUCAAUGUAAAAUUGACGAGGAUUUUAACUGCAAACUAAUGGCUUAGUUAUUAGCAUACGAAAAUAAAGUUGAAAACUUAAUGGGAAA